UGAACUCCUGACCUGAAGUGAUCCACCUACCUCUGCCUCCCACAGUAUUGGGAUUACAGGUAUGAGCCACUGAGCCUGGCCUAAAAGCCAUUCAUUUCUCAUCAAACUUCUGUUGAGGUGGCAAUUGUCAAAGAGGACGGAGUAAAAUUUCAGAGGAGAAUCAUUGGAAAAUACCUAUAUCUUUGCUUGAGAAUGAAAAUCUAAAUGGAAAUUCAAAGAACUUUUUUGUUUUUAGUUUUUAAAAAUGUCCCCCCCCCAAAAAAAGAGAGAAGAUAAUCAAUUUGAUACCUGGGAAGCCAAGCAGACUUUACAUAGAAUAUUUUUUUCCUUUUCCUUUUUUUUUUUUUUAUCAGGAGAAGCUGGUCUUUCAGGAUCAGAGUUUUUUUUUUUUUUUUUAAUGCAACCAUACAAAUGGUCAGGAUUCUUCCCAAUAUCUUAGUCAAUAAUAAUAUACCCUCUUUAAAUUAUGAAAUGAUUUCAAUUUGAUGUGAUGAGCUUAUGUUGGAUUUUAUUAAACAUAUCUUGGUGGUUUAGUAAAUAUCUUUAAUAUUUAAUUUUAUGAUGAGCGAUAACUCAGAAAAUGUGAAUGUUGGAGAGAAUGAAGACAUUUACUUGCUAAGGUGUGUAUCCUUUGUGUUCAGAGUAGCCUAUAAUUUAACUAGAUGUUAUUUCUUUCUCUCCAAAGAAGGUACCAAGACACAAUAAGUUAAUUAAGACUUUUUUAAAAAAAUAGACAAGAAACAAAUGUGAGAUGAAACUGUGAAUUUUGAGGCAUCAGAUAGAAAUGGAUCAAGACAUUGAGAGCUGUAACCUCCAAACAUGAAAGUUUGUUUGAAAAUGUCUGCAAGUAUUUGUGUUAUUUAAUGAUCUUACACUUUGCUUGCUUCAACAAGAAGUUAAAAAGUACUACUAAACAAAUAGAAUUUAACUCCAGUUUACAGAAUUCAUCUAUAAUACCUCUGUUAAUACAUCUAUAAUACCUUUAAACUUAUCUACUUUCAUUCAAUAGUCUUCCAAUUUGACAAAGUCAAUACAGGGCAUGUAGUGUAUAUUACACAAUACUCCUUCUAAGCCUAGGACACUGCCCUAUAAUUGUAUACUGGAAUACAAAGUAUAAAUAUUAAUACUAAGCAGGUAAAUGAAGAAUAUGCAUAUCUUUAUAUUAGUUAAAGUGAUGUUUCAAUGCUUAAUUAAGUUCAAGUUAGACAGAUUUUACCACCAAAAUACAUUAAAAUAAAUUUUAAGAUUUCAAAAAAAGAAUUUAUCUACUUUGUGAAUGCAAACAUAACUGUGGAUUAUUUUGAUAGAUCAAAGCAGAAUUUCCUUGAAAGUGUUUCCCGUAUUCUGGAGCAAUGCCACCAGAAAGCAUAAAUAGGUUACUUAGGAGCCUCCCACAAAACUGUUAAGCUUUCUUAGUGUUAGCUCUGGGUUCUCCUCCUGGUUCCGCCAGCUACUCUCCAGGACCUGAAAUAAUUUACAAAGCAAGACUGUUUCUUGGCAGGUCUUUAUUCCAGAGUAUGUCUUUUUUUUUUUUAUUCUGCAAAUGUGUGAAAGGAACUUUCUUUUAUUUCUGCUAGUAACGGGUAGCCUCAGAACCAUCAAUAAUUUAGUUUUACUCUAUCAACAUCAAUGGAGAAAUGAGUGCCUCUAAGGAUCCUCUCAGGAUAGUCCUGCAUUUAGCUCAAAUACUGUCUAGAGAUCCUUUUUUUCUCAAUUACACUAGAAUAGGGUAGGAUGAAGAUUUGAAUUGCAUGCUAAGAUGAAGACUUGAAUUGCAUAAUGAAAAGAAUCAGCCAAUCCAUUAUCCACUUUCUUAUGAAUUCACAGCCCAGUAGGAUCUCUGCAGAUUUCUGCCUUCUGUAGAAAAUGGGUUGCUUCUAUAGCUGAUUGUUAUAGCCAAGACCAACAAUUAUUUCUUUCUUUUCUUAUAAGACUGGGAGUGAGAAUAUUUGGAUUUCUACAACGUUCCGCUACUAUAUAAUCAUGAGCAAGGCAAUUCUCUCUCAUUUUUUUAAAUGGUCAAAAUAAAGGUGUUAUACCAUCUCUAAGGUUCUAUAAAAUCAAAAAUGUAUUAGAAUAUGUCUAUAUCUUUUACAACAAUUUUGACUUUCUGAAUCUUGCAUGGUGGUGUCUAGGAUAUAUGUGUUCAAUUCAUAUUGAAUUAAUUAAAAUUUAUAUACACUGAUGUAAAUAUUUUCUACAUAAAAUCUUUCAUACGUAUUUAAACAAAGUUUACCUUUUUGCCUUCAAUAGCUGAUUUUCCUAUGUGCAAUAACGUGUUAGUCAGUGCCCAAAAGAGUCACUUGAAAGUUGCAAGGCAAAGCAGAGUUUUUAAAAAAUUAUCUAAGAUUAUCAAACAUCUGUCCAUAAACACUGUUACAGUAAUUCAGCGUCUUAAAAUGGAUUUUUAAAUUAUCAGGGAUAUCUAGAGUGAAGAAAUUUAACAGGGAAAUUUUGAAAGAUGAAAUUUUCUAUGAAAUCAGUGUAUUGUGCAUCAAUCUGGUGCAGUAACUUAGUAAGGACUCAGAGCGCCGCUGUUCACCAACCAGGGAAAAAUGGUGCGAGAGAUCCCACAGAAACCACCGAGUUUUACAGCACUGAGAAACGACAGAUUGCGGUAGGCCCUCUCCCAGGCUGCACUAAACUCAAGCCUCUAUCCUGCGGAUUCUGAGCUCCCUUUCCGAAGACAGAGGGGGCCACCAGGACACACUCGCACGCAUUCAGAAGCACUUCCCGAGACGGGCGUCUAAGCAAAAGGAGCAGGAAGACUAUGGCGGCUCAGCCGUGGGGCGGGGACUGCAGAGGAUUCGUUCUGCUCUCCAUCCUCCUGGGGACCCUGUGGGAAGCCUGGGCAGGACGUAUUCUCUACUCAGUGUCGGAGGAGACUGACAAAGGGUCCUUUGUGGGUGACAUCGCCAAGGACCUGGGGCUGGAGCCCCGGGAGCUUGCGGAGCGCGGAGUCCGCAUCGUCUCCAAAGGUAAGACGCAGCUUUUCGCCCUGAACCCGCGCAGCGGUAGCUUGGUCACUGCGGGCAGGAUAGACCGGGAGGAGCUCUGCGCUCAGAGCCCGCGAUGUCUGGUGAACUUUAACAUCCUGAUGGAAGAUAAAAUGAAUCUUUACCCUAUAGACGUGGAAAUAAUAGAUAUUAAUGACAACGUUCCAAGAUUCUUGACGGAAGAAAUAAAUGUAAAAAUAAUGGAGACUGCAGCUCCUGGGGUUCGAUUUCCGUUAAGUGAGGCUGGGGAUCCAGAUGUGGGCACGAACUCCCUCCAGAGCUACCAGCUCAGCCCCAAUCGCCACUUCUCCCUGGCUGUGCAAAGUGGAGACGACGGAACUAAGUACCCGGAACUGGUACUGGAGCAGUUGCUGGACCGAGAGGAAGAGAGGGUUCACCACCUGGUCCUCACAGCCUCUGACGGCGGCGACCCGCCCCUAUCCAGCACCGCCCGCAUCCAGGUAACAGUGGUGGAUGUCAAUGACCACGCGCCUGUCUUCUCUCUGCCUCAGUACCAAGUAACUGUCCCCGAGAAUGUGCCAGUGGGCACAAGACUGCUCACAAUACAUGCUAUCGACCUGGACGAGGGAGUCAAUGGGGAAGUGACAUAUUCCUUUCGGAAAAUAACCCCUAAACUUCUACAGAUGUUCCAUCUAAACUCACUUACUGGAGAAUUAUCAACUUUAGAAGGAUUAGAUUAUGAAGAAACUGCCUUCUAUGAAAUGGAAGUUCAGGCUCAAGAUGGUCCUGGUAGUCUGACAAAGGCGAAAGUACUGAUCACAGUUUUAGACAUGAAUGAUAAUGCUCCAGAAGUGACUGUGAUGUCUUUAAGUAGCUCAGUCCCUGAAGACACACCUCUUGGGACAGUAAUUGCUCUUUUCUACCUGCAAGACAGAGAUUCUGGAAAGAAUGGUGAGGUGACCUGCACCAUUCCAGAAAAUCUACCUUUUAAAUUAGAAAAUUCAAUAGAUAAUUAUUAUAGAUUGGUCACAACCAAAAACUUGGACCGGGAAACACUUUCUAUGUAUAAUGUCACACUGAAAGCCACAGAUGGUGGGACUCCUCCCCUGUCAAGGGAAACUCACAUCUCCGUGCAGGUGGCAGACACCAAUGACAACCCACCCACCUUCCCUCACUCCUCCUAUUCAGUCUACAUUCCUGAGAACAACCCCAGAGGGGCCUCCAUUUUCUUGGUGACUGCACAGGACCACGACAGUGAGGAGAAUGCCCAGGUCACUUAUUCCUUGGCUGAAGACACCAUCCAGGGGGCACCAGUGUCCUCGUAUGUCUCCAUAAACUCUGACACUGGAGUCCUGUAUGCACUGCAAUCCUUUGACUAUGAGCAGUUGAGAGAACUACAACUGAGAGUGACCGCACGUGACAGCGGGAACCCACCUCUCUGCAGCAACACGUCACUGAACCUUUUCGUGCUGGACCAGAACGACAAUGCGCCCGAGAUCCUGUAC